GCUACCGGUGGACGUGAGUGUGCUCCCGGGCUGCGGAGCGUCUCUCCGGUCAGCUGUGAAUGGGAUUACGGCGGCUCCUCCGGGACUGCAGGAGGAACCAUGCGGCCGCAGAGCUGCCCGCUGCCCGCUGCCCUGCUCCCGCUGCUGCUCGGGCUCUGCAGCGGCACAAGUUUCCCAACUAACAUCAACAUAGGAGGCCUUUUCCCCGGUGACUCCCACGAGUACGAGGUGUUUCGUUUCGCCCUGGCACAAAACCAGGACAUCCCCAAGCUGGUGCCACAGGUGGACAUGGUGGACACGAGCAGCAGUUUCGCCAUGACCUACGCCUUCUGCUCACAGUUCUCCAAGGGAGUGUACGCCAUCAUGGGUCUGUACGACCGGCGGACGGUCAACAUGCUGAUGUCCUUCUGCGGGUCUCUGCACGUCUGCUUCGUCACGCCGUCCUUCCCCGUGCAGACCAACAACCAGUUCGUCCUGCAGCUGCGGCCCCAGCUGCAGGAGCCCCUCAUGGCCCUGCUCGAGCACUUCUACUGGACCAGGUUCGUCUACAUGUACAGCUCUGAAUCAGGUGAGGACGCCAGCAUGCAGCACAAAUGGUUUCUCUAUAUCAAGCUUCGUGUUGGAGUGCCUGCUCAGCGAGCAGUGCAACAUUACUCCUGA